AUGGAUUCCUUACGAUUUAUAAAAAGAAACGAAGAAAAUUUUGAUUGUUUUAUCGAAAUUUGUGAGUCAGUGUUUCCGAAUACACCCAGGAGUACCGUCCGUAAUUGGCUCAAGGCUUUAAAGAUCGAAAGCGUUGUUUGUACACCUGACGAAAGGUCGGUUUUUCGGACUGCAAAUCCCACCCUCUGUGGAGCGUUUGGUUUAGUAUCGCAUGCAGAUCUAGAGAAACUGAUUGAAUAUCGAAGCAAUCGAAGCAAGCAAACCAGUACACUUAACAUCAGUUCCAGCAGCAUUGCUAGCAGCCCACAGAUUUCCACCUGUUCAUCGACUUGCAACGUUGAAAGCGACACAGAAAAAAAUGACGGUAAUUUACUUCAAAACAUUGUAAUGUAUAGUGACUCUGACGAAGACGAACAAGGUCAGAGCGAUAUUAUAAUUCAGCAUAAGUCACCGGAAAAAUGCAACAAUGAAAGUUUUGUUAACACUCGUGUGGACCUAUCGGUUACAGACAGUCCAUUGAAAACAAAGAGGUCAAAAACUGUCUUAUCCCCCGAAGAAAUUCCUGAAAGCUUAAAAGUUGAAAUUCAAAGUUUGAAAGAAUUUUGUACGAAACCGUUAAAUCCACUUGCUUGUGGACGUAGCAUGUCAAAUGGAACUGCUAACAAACUUAUAGAAAGGUUAUUGAGUUUUAUGUUUUUUUGUAGUAAAGUUAAGAACAAGUCGGAUUUAUCUUUAUCACUUUUCAAUGAUCAGGCGCGGAUCCAGACCGUGGCAAAAGUGGCUCGAGCCACGGUCAGAUUUUUCCCACCUAAGAUUUUCCGGGGUUCACCUUUGUUGGAUACUACAUUAGACUGCUUACGCAUUUUUAAGAAGUAUAUAUUAGUUAUUUGAAAUACAGCAAAAUUGAGCAAAUAUAGGUCUGUAGCAAACAAUUUGAAUAAUAUCUUUCGUAAUUGUUCUCAUAUUACAGUAAUAUGUGCUAAAAGCAGGAAAAACUUCCGAAAUAUAUUCCUUGUUCAAUAGUAUAAUUAUCCAGUUAAACACUGAACUAUAAAAACCGCCGAAAGCGUGCCGAAUUGUGCCGAAUAUGUUCGGAAAACAGUCGUAAAUUCGAAGCUGCGAUCACAGCCACAAAAUGCCACGGUCAGCGUGCAAAAAAUUGCGCAAUUGUUACUAAAUAUAGUAACUUUCUGCCACGGUGCAGCGUUGCAAACCAAUCACAGGGCAAGUUGUGGUCAUGUGCGCCACGGUCUGCCACGGUGGCUCUGUUUUGAUUGCGCAAUACAAAUGAUCAACAAUAAAGUUCGAUACUUGUCGACUUGACGGGAUAAAGAAUAAUAAAUCACAAGCUACAUGGAUGCUAUCAGGAUGGAAGCUUUUAAAAAAAGUCGAUGUUCUUAGCAAGCUCGUCGAAAUCUUUCAACAAGCAAACCUAAGCGAACAUAUUUCAGGGGAAUUAUCGCUCUUGAGGCAACAAUAUGAUGAAUUUAUCACUGAAGAAAGGCUGCGCCGUUGCAUCUACUGGCGACAUCGUGCUGCCAACGUGCGAAUUUUCAAAACUGCAGUUCUCCAAGAGCCAAACUGAAAGAUCUGGGCCUAAUGUUCCUGUUAGGUAAGAAUUUUUAAUCGACUUAUAUUAAAUUUGCAUUUACGCUGGGGUCAGGGAUAUAAAUUUGUGCAUGCAAAUUUGUAUGUAUGUAAAUUUUUGUUAGUGAAAUAGUAAUAUGAUCUCGAACACAUGGCGGUUAAUAAAAUAUAAAUUGCAUUUAUCCGCUAUGUAGUCGUGAAAUAUUAGUAAAAAAUCUGUUUAAAACUGUUAUCAGUAUUUUGCUACAGUUUACGGCUACAACAUUUGAUUGUCGACUGUAAAAUGAAAUGUUUACUUCUGUAUUGGGUCUACAUAGUCGUCUAUUUGGUUUCACCAAGCUUUAAAUAUAGCGCCUUAAUAUUUGUAGGUUGACCAGGGGUCGGUUAUUCUAAGCUAAGGCUAAUCCUUGGUUAAAAUUUAACCUAGUGUUUUUGUUUGUGUGUUUCUGCAUGCCUGUUUACUUCGAAGCUUUGAAGAAAACUUUCAUUCAUCCAGACAAGAUUUCUGAAGAAAUAUUUCUAAAUUGCUUGUGUGAUGUUACUCUGAGUGUAUAUAUCCACACCGGGCAGGGUUGAAAAAUAUGCCUGGCCAUGGUGGGAUUGGAACCUACGACCUUUGGAAUACUAGCCCAAUGCUUUGCCAACUGAGCUAUGCAGUCAGGUUGGUUUGAGUAUGCAAUACUUUGGAACUGAGUCUACUGUAGUUCCUUCGAUAUCAGUGUAAUCUAAUAAUCAUGAUAUUUGCUGUGUUGGACUGUUGGUGUAAUGUACUCAGGUGAAUAAGAUGCUUGUGUGAUGUUACUCUGAGUGUAUAUCCACACCGGGCAGGCUUGAAAAAUAUGCCUGGCCACAGUGGGAUUCAAACCUACAACCUUUGGAAUACUAGCCCAAUGAUCUGCCAAGGAAUACUAGCCCAAUGCUCUCCCAAUGCCUUUGCCAAAGGUCAUAGGUUUGAAUCCCACCGUGGCCAGGCAUAUUUUUCAAGCCUGCCCGGUGUGGAUAUACACUCAGAGUAACAUGGCACAAUUUGGAUUCUUGCACUUCACUUGGUGGAAUUAAUAUUAGAAUGUUAGGGUUAGUAAUCCAAGUGAGAAUAUAUACAUUUUAAGACCUAACCAGGAGCGACUGCGGAAAAUGCAGCACAAGGUCCUCUGAUAGGAAUCGCAGGGCCGUAGGUUCAUUUCCUACCAGAGGACCUUGUGCUGCAUUUUUUUGCAGUUUCUGGUUAGGUCUUAAAAUGUAUAUAUUCUCACUUGGAUUACUAACCCUAACAUUCUAAUAACAUCACACAAGCAUCUUAUUCACCAGAGUACAUUACACCAACACAGCAAAUAUUUUUAACAACUGGCCCCUGGAGGGUGACUACCUCACAGGUGUUUGUUGUGGAUGAAUAUUGAUGUUGUUGUGGAUGAUGUCAUCCUGAUCCUAAUCCUGACAUUAAAACCUAAUCCCGAAUCUAAAACUGCAACAAAAUCCCAUGAGUUAGUCAAGGCCAGCUGUGAAUUUGAUGUCAUCAUGAUGUUACUCAAAUUACACAAAGACAUUGUAGUAUGGCUCAAUUUCCAUAUUAAUGAUUCCAAAAUUUAAUCUCCAGUCCUUACCUUCAAACCAACUCUAGUUCUAUUGGUUACCCUGACUAAUUCUAGUAAUUAUCCUUUUGGCACAAAGUUAUGUGGAACGAGACCCAUGAUUAUACAAGCAAAAGGAGGGAAAACAUUUGGGAAAACAAAUGGUUCCUUGCUAUUUCUCAAAUGGCAAGGUAUAACAUUUGUUCUCCAGAUAAUUUGAGCGAAGUUUGCAAAGUAUAAUCACAUAAUUACUGUGUGGUGCAAAGAAGUUGACAUUCUGGUUAAAAGUUUCAAUAGAAUAUUUACAAAAUAAUAUAAAAUAACCAUUGAUACUUAAAUGCUUAAAUUCUUUCAGUACUUCAUUGUCUCUUUAAUGCAUGUUCUAUUGCGUUAAUCGGGAAUGAGAGUUUGUCUGCUCACUUGAGAUGCCUCACCAGUAUUGAACUGUUUGAGAAUGCCAAAUACUAUACUAACCAUCCCCUCAUUGAGUCCCAGCAUAAAAACGUAAUAGCGUUCACUACACUUAAAAAAUGCCUCUGCCAUGUGUGUAUCUGAUGCAGCUCUUACUUUUUUCGACAAUUGUAUUGAAAUGCAGCAGUUUUAGAAGAAGCAAAGGAAACUGCAAAAAAUUACACAUUCUCAUCCAUGGUGUGCAUGUUUGCCUUGUCCACAGUAAUUCAGUGUGCCAUUCAGUCAUUCUACCCACUCACCAAUGAUACUGUAGCGAAAGAAAAUUGGGAUUCCUUGGAUUCAAUUGUACAAUACAGUAUAUCUACGGGAUUAUCUUGAUGGCAGUGCAAUUGAAUAUGUCCAUAUCUUUCAUUGUGCUGCGAUGCCACCGUCUUAUUUGGUUGAUCGAAGAAUUCUAUCUACCAAAAAUCAUUUUGUUUCCUUGUGCAAACCAGUUAAAGCACUUCAGCCACGAGACCAUUAUUUUAAAGCACACCUUCCAACCUUAUUGAAGUCUGCGAUGCCAGUUCAUCCUAAAGUUCCUCCUACAGUUUCUCCUAAAGUUUCUACUAAAGUUUUUUCUGCUCCUUCCUCUACACAAGUGACUACAUUUGCUAAAAAGCAGACGACUGGUCCAAAAAGAAAACAAAUUAGCUUAGAUCGAUGCGCUUCUUGUGAAACGAGCGUGCAACACACAAGAAACUGUAGACAGUGAAAUCAAAUUUCCCAGCACUAGUAAAGGAAUUUCAUCUGUAACUCCCAACACUGGUCCUACUUCAGAAAAAUCUAACACCAAAACACAACGAACUUCCACCAAUUCGUGGCCAGAUGAUAUCUACAACUACGUAAAUCUGGUGUCCAGUCUUCCUGAUUCGAAAAAGUACGAAAUUCUGUGCAAUCAUUGCCAUUGGAAACCUGGUUCUGAUUUUUCUUUUCCUCCACGCGAAAAUAUUGGUAGACGUUUCCGGUUGGCAUGGUUAUCACGAUUUCCAUGGUUGGCUUACUCUGCUGUGGCAAACGGUGGUUUUUGCGUCACUUGUGUUCUUUUUGGCAGUGAAAGCACGCAUAAUGCAAGCGAGCUCCAACUAUUGAUGACCAGUGCUCUUCCUCCAAGUGCUUCUGCUGUCCAGAAACUAUGUCAGCAUGGUGAAAAAUCCAAUGUUCACGCAACGGCAACUUUCCGUGCUACACAGUUUAAGCGAAUGAUCGAGAAUAAGACACUUGGUAUCGAUGCAUGUGCAGCUGAAAAAACCCACCCCGUAAAAGACCUGCGUUGCAACUAAAACGCCAAGAUGAUUGAGUUCGAUGUACAGCCCUAAUUGGAUAUUUUUUGCUACAAAGAACCUGAAAUACACAGGAACAGUACAUGCGGUACAGAGUUGUGGUUUUAUGUAAGUACAGUGAUUUUGUAACAUUCUAAUGUUGUAACGUUGAAGAACAUGGUAUGUUGUUUAAAUAUUUGACUUAUUUAGUGCGUUUCGUUAUUUGCUCUCUAAAAUAUGGCGUAAUUAAUGACGAAUUAUAUGAUAGAAUUCGAUGCUCAGAACUCAGGAAAUGGCAUUUCCGGGGUUCAAAUUUCAAAAAUUUUCCGGGGGGGAAUGCCCCCGGACCCCCCUAAUUAUUGACGGUUUUGGAGUGCGCCACGGUCACGGUUUAGGCUGGAUCCGCGCCUGAUGAUAGUGAGCUGUUCACGAGUUUUAUCGAAUAUCUCAGGGAUGUAAGAAAACUUAAGCCUUCGACAAUAGCUAAUUUUCUAGAUGUAGCCAUUAGUGUAGUGAAGUAUAAUGUUGUUACUAAUGACGCGACUGCAGACCCUGAAAAUGCGCCUCAAAUUAAGGCAUAUCGCUCUUUCCAGCGUCGAUUUUUAAAGGACGCUUAUCAACUUUCAAAACGCGAGAAGGAAGGUUUCAGCAAAAAGUCCAGCCAACAAUUUUAUUUUGCGCACGUCCUGGAAACGCUUAGAAAUCUAAGAGACAAGUAUUUAGAAUGCGGCGGGGGCGUAAAAAAAUUUAGGCACCUUCAUGAUUUUGUACUUUUAGCAUUGUAUCUUCGGGCUAUGCCAGGUAGGUCCAAGGAACUGCGCACGCUACAGUUGCAUGAUGAAGCUGAGAAAGGGCAUCAAUUCGAUUACUCCAGUUUUGAGCGUGGAAAUUUUGUCAUAUUUGAUCUCAAUCAAAAGGUUUUUAUUGUCCAGUCCGAAUUCAAAACAAGCAAAACGACAGGUCCAAUCAAGUUAGACAUAUCCGAUGAUAACGAAUUAACUUACUAUCUUCGAUUGUACGUUCAGGCAAGGCACACGUUAAUGCUGGGAAAAAGUCACGAUUAUUUUUUUUGCAAUAAAUACGGCCAUCCGUUUGCGUGCAGUAGCGCAAUUGCAAAGUAUUUACAAGAUAUAUUUGAGCGCGAGGUUUCGAUCAGAGCAAGCACAACCGCGAUGAGGCAUGCCAUUGUUACAUACUUUAACAGCAUUGACGAAUCAAAGGAUGUUAAUUUGCGCAAGAGCUUAGCAGCGCUCAUGAAGCACUCGGUACGUUAUCAAGAAACAGUGUAUUGCGACCAGACUCACGACGAAAAAACUAAGGCAGGUAGAUCUCUGAUGCGCGAUAGUCUGGCAGCCGAUGUAUUUGGAGAGCGCGACGACAUUGCAGCGGUGUCGGCAGAAUCUAGCGACGAAAAUUCAAGCAGCGAUGAAAUCGACCUAGUCCCGCAAACAGGCGAUAUCGUAGCACUGUUAGAUCCGGCAGCAAGUAAAACCGAUAUUUCUUUUUUUAUUGCGAAAGUAGCUAGGUAUACAAAGGAUCGCCGUGAAGCACAUUUGAUUCACUUAGAGCAGGUAGAAGGUUCAAAUAAUUUUUACGUACUAAAACCAGGCAGAGUUUGGACAGAGAGUUUAAAAGCAUUGAUAUUUCCUAUUGACAUUGUGUAUGACUCGUCCAAAAAGGCAUACGAGUUAAGAACGACGCCUGAUUGCUUGUAUAAAUACGUCCAUGGUUGA